GUUUGUUGGCGGCAUCCGCAACCACAAUCUGAUGUUUGCUACUUCUAAAAGAUGGGAGAGCGGUUGCAAUGUCCAAAAAGUUACAUCUGCUUGUUUUUGGAGUGCAAGGCCGAGUUCUCAAAGUCGUGGAAACUCGAGGCCCACCUGUGCAAGCACACGGGAUUGAAACCAUUCUCCUGCGAGAGCUGCGACAAAAGUUUCUGCUCCCGCUAUGCGCUCACCAGGCAUGAGCUCAACCAUAGUGGCGAGAAGCGACACAAGUGCCCGACAGAUGGAUGCUCGGAGGCGUUUUUGCGACACGCCGGCUUAAAGAAUCACAUUGCUCGAGUGCACCAGCACGAGGAGACACGAUACAAAUGUACACAAGACGGCUGCCAAAGUAGCUUCAAAAAGAAAUACCAGCUGAAGGCCCACGUGGGGAACCAUCAAGCCCGUUUGCCAUUUCAUUGUCGUUUGGACGACUGUGUGCGGGAGUUCCCCUCGCUUAGCAAGCUGAAGCACCACCAGAAAAUACAUAAAGGUUACCCCUGUGAAACCGAGCUGUGCCCUUUUGUGGCAAAAACGUGGUCCGAGUAUCAGAAGCACCGGAAGGAGCACAAAGUUAAGCUGCCAUGCCCGACGUGCGAGAAGCACUUCAACAACAGCUGGUUCCUGCGCCAGCACGAGUUCCACCGCCACACCCUGGAAAAGGCCAGCUUCCCGUGUCCGAAAGAAGGCUGCGCCAAGACCUUUACCCGCCGCUUCAACCUGGACAUCCACAUCCAGGGGGACCACGAGGGGAAGAAGCCCUUCAGUUGCGCGUACCCCGGCUGCAGCAAGGACUUCACCAUGAAGGUAAACUGGACCUUGUGGACGGUAUGCUGGAGUCCUCACGAUGAAUCCUCUUUAUUAGGAAAGUCUGUGGCGGCAUGGAGUGGUGCACGAUCCUCUCAAGAAAAAGCUGAAGGCAAGACCGCCUUUCCAUACAUGGUUGAGGCUUCCAGGAGACUUAUUUUUUUCUUUCUAUCUUGUAGAAGUUGUAUCCCAGGAAGAAGAAGAAGAAGAAGCAGCAGUCGUGGAGUGGCGCACAGGCCAAGCUGCAAGGUGCUGAGACCAACAAGCUUGCUGCCAAGUUGCAAAAGAUUCAUUUAG